GUUUAGAUGUGCUGUCUUUCCCAAAUAAAUAUCUGUUUGAACGGUACCGUUUCUCAUUAAAUUCAAUCAUUUACCUGAACAAUAUUCUCCGGCCACACAUAUGAAAUGUGACACACUGCGGACGUGCGCUCUCAUCGGAGCAAAUGUUGUGCAUCGCGCUACGUUUUUUUGCGAACAGUAGCUUUUUAUACAAUAUUGGUGAUGCUGAACACAUCGGAAAGGCCACGGUGUGUAGAGCUGUCAGAAAGGUGACAAUAGCUCUGAAACGCCUGCUGCCCAUAAUGGUGGUGUUCCCUGGGCACAAACCUCUGAGGAACAUAAAAGAGGAGUUCCACAGGAUUGCAGGGCUUCCCAAUGUAUUAGGGUGCAUAGAUGGCACCCAAAUACCCAUCACUGCUCCAGCAGAAAAUGAGGGGGACUAUGUUAAUAGGAAGUCCUUCCACAGCAUUAAUGUUCAGAUCAUAUGUGAUGCAACACACAUAAUCACUAAUGUGGAGGCCAAGUGGCCAGGCUCCGUCCAUGAUUCCCGGAUCUUCCGCGAGUGUAGCCUGAGCAAUAGAUUUGCAGGUGGAGAGUUUGAUGGCUACCUACUUGGGGACCGAGGAUAUCCGUGCCAGCCCUCUCUACUGACCCCUUACCCUGACCCUGAGCCGGGCCCCCAACAGCGUUUCAAUGGGGCCCACUGCAGGACUAGAGCCCGGGUUGAGAUGACUUUUGGCAUUCUCAAAUCCCGGUUCCAGUGUCUGCGUAAACUCAGGGUCACCCCAGAGAGGGCAUGUGACAUUAUAGUGGCAUGUGUGGCAAUAUUGCCACUAUUAGAGGAGAGCAACACCCUGCCAUACAAGUUAAUGACCCUGAGGAUGACCAUCCCAUCUACCCUGUAGAUGUCC